AUGCGCAGUGCGCCCACCGGCGCCGGGCCGGCCGCGCUACCUGCGCUCCUCAGGUCCCGCGGCCCCGCCCCCGCGCCUGUCCCCUCCCCUCUCGCGGCCGGGCCCCGCCUCCGGGCCCGGCGCCCCGCCCCUCGGCCUCCUCAGAGCCCCUCAGCCGCCGCUCCGGCCGCAGCGCCGACCGAGAUUUCCAGGGGUUUGUCCGCCCGGUCGGGCUCGCGCCCCAAGUUCCCGCGAGAACGGGAGGUUUGCGUCAAUCCCGAGCGCGAGCCCGGUGGGAGCGCCCGCUGCGGGGUUAGGGAGCCGGCCGGCUGCGCGGUCGGCGCCGAGCUAGGGCGCCCGAAGAGGGCCAAAAGAGCGCGCGCCGAGCCCUCUCCGGCCGCCGCCGGCCCGCGCGCGCCUCGGGACGGGAGCGAGGGUGCUGUGCGUCGGCGCCGGCCCCGCCGCCCGCGCACGGGGGUCGCGGGUCUGGAGAGAUGCUGCUCUGGCUCCCGCUCGGUUCCCGACGCCCAGACACGCGAGGAGGGGCGGCCCGGUGGCGUCCUGCGCGCUCGGAUUCCGGGAGCAGGAGCCCGCGCUCGGGACGGCCGUGGGGGACGGCGGUGCGGCGACGUGCCCCGCUCACCCCGGGUCCUGGCGCCGACCGGCGGCACGUCUGGUGGUGCGCAGAGCUCAGCGCGUUGCUCGAGCGCAGUCAGCGGAGGAAGGAGACGCGGCUGCGGCGUGUGCGUCCAAGGGCAUUGGGACGCGGACGGCGGUGAUGCUUGUACGACACGAGUGCACUUAUGGCCCCGAACCGUGCUCCUAAAAAUGGUUAAAAUGGUGUGGCCUGGCCCGGCCAGGACCGUAGGGGUCCGCCCGGCUACCAGUGAGAGUCUGAGGUCCUGUGAGGAAAUGAAACUUCCGGUUUUCUUCUUUGUAUGCAGUUUCCUGGGUCCCCGGGCACGUGCGGCUGUCAAGCGUCGCCCAAGGUUCCCUGUCAAUUCAAAUUCUAAUGGUGAAAAUGAACUCUGUCCAAAGGUCAGGAUUGGCCAAGAUGAUUUACCAGGGUUUGACCUGAUUUCUCAGUUCCAGGUUGAUAAAGCAGCAUCCAGUAGAGCGAUCCAGAGGAUCGUGGGAUCAACUGCAUUACAAGUGGCUUACAAACUGGGAAAUAAUGUAGACUUCAGGAUUCCAACGAGGCAUUUAUAUCCCAGUGGAUUGCCUGAAGAAUACUCCUUUCUAACUACUUUUCGGAUGACUGGGAGCACACUUAAAAAGAACUGGAGCAUUUGGCAGAUUCAGGAUUCCUCAGGGAAGGAGCAAGUUGGCGUGAAGAUUAAUGGCCAAACGAAAUCUGUCUCAUUUUCCUACAAGGGAUUGGAUGGAAGUCUCCAAACCGCAGCCUUUUCGAAUUUGCCCUCCUUGUUUGACUCCCAGUGGCAUAAGCUCAUGAUUGGCGUGGAGAGGAGUAGUGCUACUCUCUUUGUUGACUGCAACAAAAUUGAGUCCUUACCCAUCAAGCCAAGAGGCCCAAUCGACAUCAACGGCUUUGCUGUGCUGGGAAAACUCGCAGAUAAUCCUCAAGUUUCUGUUCCAUUUGAACUUCAGUGGAUGCUGAUCCACUGUGACCCACUGCGACCCAGGAGAGAAACGUGCCAUGAGCUGCCAGCCAGGAUAACGGUGAGUCCCUUGACCACCUGCAAAGGCCCCCCGGGCGAGCAGGGGCCCCCGGGGCCCCCGGGCCCCCCUGGAGUUCCAGGCAUCGACGGCAUCGACGGUGACCGAGGUCCGAAGGGUCCCCCGGGCCCCCCGGGUCCACCUGGAGAGCCGGGAAAGCCGGGAGCUCAGGGCAGGCCGGGCACGCCGGGCGCCGACGGAUUAACAGGACCUGACGGAUCCCCUGGCUCUGUUGGACCAAGAGGACAAAAAGGAGAACCUGGUGUUCCUGGAUCUCGUGGAUUUCCAGGCCGUGGCAUUCCUGGACCCCCUGGUCCCCCUGGGGCAGCAGGACUCCCUGGAGAGCUUGGCCGCGUUGGGCCCGCGGGUGACCCUGGGAAAAGAGGACCACCGGGCCCCCCUGGCCCCCCAGGACCCAGCGGAACAAUUGGCUUUCAUGAUGGCGAUCCAUUGUGUCCCAAUUCCUGUCCACCUGGUCGCUCAGGAUAUCCAGGCAUACCAGGCAUGCGGGGUCAUAAGGGGGCUAAAGGAGAAAUUGGAGAACCUGGAAGACAAGGUCACAAGGGUGAAGAAGGUGACCAGGGAGAAGCAGGAGAAGCCGGAGCUCAAGGACCUCCAGGAGCUCAAGGACUGAGAGGCAUCACCGGCGUAGCUGGAGCCAAAGGAGAAAAAGGCGCUCGAGGCUUCGAUGGGGAACCUGGGCCUCAGGGCCUUCCUGGUGCACCUGGUGACCAAGGACAGCGAGGGCCUCCAGGGGAAGCAGGUCCCAAGGGAGAGAGGGGGGCUCCAGGUUCUAGAGGGAUUCCUGGCCUCCCGGGGUCCAAAGGAGACACGGGCUUGCCCGGUGUGGAUGGCCGUGACGGGAUUCCUGGGAUGCCGGGAACGAAGGGUGAGCCAGGGAAACCUGGGCCUCCUGGUGACGUGGGACUGCAGGGGUUACCUGGCGUGCCUGGAAUUCCUGGUGCAAAGGGUGUUGCCGGUGAAAAGGGCAACACAGGUGCUCCCGGGAAGCCUGGCCAGUUGGGGAAUUCAGGCAAACCGGGCCAACAGGGGCCGCCAGGAGAGGUGGGACCCCGAGGACCCCGAGGUCUUCCUGGCAGCCGAGGAGAAAUAGGACCAGUCGGACCCCCAGGCCCACCAGGUAAACUGGGUUCUCUCGGUAGCCCUGGCCUCCCCGGCUUGCCUGGCCCCCCUGGACUGCCUGGGAUGAGAGGUGACAGGGGUGUAGUCGGUGAACCUGGUCCAAAGGGUGAGCAGGGUGCCUCUGGUGAAGAAGGUGAAACAGGAGAAAGGGGUGAACUUGGAGAUAUAGGAUUACCCGGCCCAAAGGGAUCUGCGGGUAACCCUGGGGAGCCUGGCUUGAGGGGGCCUGAAGGAAGUCGGGGGCUUCCUGGAGAGGAAGGACCAAGAGGACCGCCCGGACCGAGAGGCGUGCAGGGAGAACAGGGCGCCACCGGCCUGCCCGGUAUCCAGGGCCCUCCAGGUAGAGCUCCAACAGACCAGCACAUCAAGCAGGUUUGCAUGAGAGUGAUGCAAGAGCAUCUUGCUGAGAUGGCUGCUAGUCUCAAGCGUCCAGACUCCGGGGCCUCUGGCCUCCCUGGCAGGCCUGGUCCCCCGGGUCCCCCUGGACCCCCUGGAGAGAAUGGUUUCCCAGGCCAGAUGGGACCUCGUGGCCUCCCAGGCAUUAAAGGGCCCCCCGGCGCUCUAGGUUUGAAGGGACCUAAAGGUGACUUGGGAGAAAGAGGGGAACGCGGCCCUCCAGGAAGAGGUCCAAAAGGUCUGCCCGGAGCUGCGGGUCUCCCAGGUGACCCAGGUCCUGCCAGCUAUGGGAGGAAUGGCCGGGAUGGUGAGCGAGGCCCCCCAGGGGUGGCAGGAAUUCCUGGUGUCCCCGGUCCCCCAGGACCUCCUGGCCCUCCUGGUUUCUGCGAGCCAGCCUCCUGCACCUUGCAGGCUGGUCAGCGAGCAUUCAGCAAAGGGCCCAGUAAGUGA